UCGGGGCCCCACACAAUGGACGAGCUCGCUGGAGGCGGUGGUGGCAGUCCGGGGAUGGCGGCACCUCCCCGGCAGCAGCAGGGGCCUGGGGGGAACAUGAACCUUUCUCCAGGGGGGAAUGGAGCGGCGGGCGGCGGGGGUCCUCCGGCUGCCGAGGGAGCGGGCCCCGCGGCAGGCCCUGAGCUGUCCCGGCCGCAGCAGUACACUAUCCCGGGGAUACUGCACUACAUCCAGCACGAGUGGGCACGAUUCGAGAUGGAGCGGGCGCACUGGGAGGUGGAGCGGGCCGAACUGCAGGCCCGGAUAGCAUUUUUGCAAGGAGAAAGAAAAGGUCAAGAAAACUUGAAGAAGGAUUUAGUAAGAAGAAUAAAAAUGUUAGAAUAUGCAUUAAAACAAGAAAGGGCAAAAUACCACAAAUUAAAAUACGGCACAGAACUGAACCAAGGAGAUUUGAAAAUGCCCACCUUUGAAUCAGAAGAAACCAAAGACACAGAGGCUCCCACAGCACCUCAGAAUAGCCAGCUAACAUGGAAGCAAGGCAGACAGCUGUUACGACAAUAUCUUCAGGAAGUAGGUUACACAGAUACAAUAUUAGAUGUACGGUCUCAGCGGGUAAGGUCAUUACUUGGACUAUCCAAUUCAGAACCAAAUGGAUCAGUAGAAACAAAAAAUUUAGAACAGAUCCUGAAUGGAGGUGAAUCUCCUAAACCAAAAGGACAAGAAAUCAAAAGACCCUCUGGUGAUGUUCUUGAGACGUUCAAUUUCUUAGAAAAUGCUGAUGAUAGUGAUGAAGAAGAGGAAAAUGACAUGAUUGAAGGCAUCCCAGAAGGAAAAGACAAACAUCGGAUGAAUAAACACAAAAUAGGUAAUGAAGGCUUAGCUGCUGACCUCACUGAUGACCCUGAUACUGAAGAAGCACUGAAAGAAUUUGAUUUUUUAGUGACUGCUGAAGAUGGAGAAGGAGCUGGAGAAGCACGGAGUUCAGGGGAUGGCACAGAAUGGGACAAAGAUGACCUCUCCCCAACUGCUGAGGUUUGGGAUGUAGACCAGGUACUAAUAAGUAAACUGAAGGAACAGUACAAGAAGGAACGAAAGGGGAAGAAAGGGGUGAAGAGGGUCAACAGGACAAAACUCUACGACAUGAUAGCUGAUCUGGGAGAUGAUGAGCUGCCUCACAUCCCUUCAGGAAUCAUUAAUCAGUCUAGGUCACCCUCCACUAGAAUGACUGAUCAUGAACGUGCAAGAGCAGAGGAAGCUGAACCAAUAACGUUUCCAUCUGGAGGAGGCAAGUCAUUUAUUAUGGGUUCUGAUGAUGUUUUGUUAAGUGUACUGGGCCUUGGAGACCUUGCAGACUUGACGGUAACAAAUGAUGCAGACUAUAGUUAUGAUUUGCCUGCCAAUAAAGAUGCCUUUCGAAAGACAUGGAACCCCAAGUAUACACUACGUAGCCAUUUUGAUGGAGUACGGGCAUUAGCUUUUCAUCCUGUAGAACCUGUGCUGGUUACUGCCUCUGAGGACCAUACUCUGAAACUUUGGAACUUGCAAAAAACAGUUCCUGCCAAAAAGAGUGCCUCUUUAGAUGUAGAGCCUAUCUACACAUUUAGGGCCCACAUUGGUCCUGUUCUGUCAUUAGCUAUUAGUUCUAAUGGAGAACAGUGUUUCAGUGGUGGUAUUGAUGCAACCAUCCAGUGGUGGAAUAUGCCUAGCCCUAAUGUGGAUCCGUAUGAUACGUAUGAGCCAAAUGUUCUAGGUGGCACUUUAGUUGCUCAUUCAGAUGCAGUCUGGGGUCUUGCUUACAGUGGUAUAAAAAAUCAGUUACUGUCUUGUUCAGCAGAUGGCACUAUUAGGUUAUGGAAUCCACAAGAAAAAUUGCCAUGUAUUUGCACUUACAAUGGAGACAAAGAGCAUGGAAUACCUACAUCAGUGGACUUUAUAGGCUGUGAUCCAGCUCAUAUGGUGACCUCUUUCAACACUGGUAGUACAAUAAUUUAUGAUUUAGAGACAUCACAGUCAUUGGUGAUACUUUCAUCACAGGUAGAUUCUGGUUUACAAUCCAGUAAUCAUAUUAACAGAGUAGUAAGUCAUCCCACACUUCCUGUUACAAUAACAGCUCAUGAAGAUAGACACAUCAAAUUUUUUGACAAUAAAACGGGUAAAAUGAUCCAUUCUAUGGUAGCUCAUCUGGAUGCUGUUACAAGUCUAGCAGUCGAUCCUAAUGGAAUCUAUUUGAUGUCUGGAAGUAAGUUUAAACUUCCUGUGUUACCCUCAAACUUUAUAAAGGAAUUGUUACUCAGUAACAAACUUUGUGACGUUCUUUUUACAGGCCAUGACUGUUCCAUUAGAUUGUGGAAUUUAGACAGUAAGACAUGUGUGCAAGAAAUAACAGCUCAUAGGAAGAAAUUGGAUGAAUCAAUUUAUGAUGUUGCUUUCCAUCCAUCAAAAGCAUAUAUUGCCAGUGCAGGGGCUGAUGCCCUUGCCAAAGUAUUCGUGUGAUACAACAGAAACUUGCAUCAUAACAAAAGAUUUGUUUGGACAGAAAAGAGGGUCUGCAUCACUGCCAUCAAAGAGGUUACUGAUAAGACACUACACAUGAUCUGCCUGGGUGAAGGCUAUUUAGGAGAGGCAUAAAUUGGUGGAAAUCACAUCUUAAAUAAUGUCAGGUUGUUAAUUUAACUGUAAUUACUGUAUUUGGUGGGACAAAAAGUAAAAAAAGGACUCCAGUAUUUGCAGCCUGUACUGGAUAUGAACUGAGCAUAUGUCUGUUUUUUAGGUGUCUUUAAGCAAAUGUGGAGUCUUACCUUACAAAAAGACUUUUAUUUUGGACUCUGUGUGCUGCCUUAGGGUUAGGAAUGUGGUGCUCUUGUGGGGGGAAGUGAGCUCCAAGAGUAGCUUUUGUUCAUCUCUUAGUGAUCUUCUGUUCAUCGGUUGAAUGCCACAGAUUCCCUUUUAAAUUUAUUUUGCUUUAAAAAAAAAAAAAGAAAGAAAAUUUAACUUAAAAUAUUUUAGCAUUAGUUGCACAAAAUGUUUGGAUAAAAUUCUAGUUUUUAUAAGUCUUUUUAUAUAUUUAGCCUGU